AUGUCGGCCCAGACCUGGCAACGUGGCAAUAACCCCCAGCGGGUCUCCCAAUCCACCGCGAUGCGAUCCGCAUCCGGCCCUGCUGCUCCAAACCAACAGCGACAGCGUAACGAUGGUAAGUCUGACUGGCCCAAGCCUGACAAACAAAUCCUCACCGCCUUAGAAUCGUGGGUCGAGGUUUCUUCCCAUCCGUCUUCCUCUUCCGUGUCCUCUAUCGGCGACGAGAUCGUUACCACGGGCCUACAGGUGGGCUCGUCCUACCACGGCCAACGACGGCGACGUUUGCAUCCACAAUCGUAUGCGCGCUCCGGUGCUCCACAGCCCACUUUUGUCGCCGGUCAGGUUGGUCAGACCGGUACGAGCAGCAGCCAAGAAGAGUAUGAGGAGAGUGAGAGCGAGGACGACCGAGUCUUAACUAGUUCCGCCGAAAACAUUGCUUCACCCCAAGCUGCUCGAAGUACUCCACUACGACAAGUCCAACCUAUUGAGCCUGAAUCGAGCGAUGAUGACGAUGAUCGUGCAACAGCGCUGGGAACUCGCCCUCCGGAGCAGCCUUUUCAACCCCAGCCUAAUGCAUUCUCGCAUCCGCCCUCGCAUCUGUUGCAUCGCCACUCUACAACCUCGUCUCUUCCCCAACACCACAGACCAUCCUUCGGUCAGCGAUCCCAAACGCGCGUUGAUCGUCGCUCCCCUAAUUAUCAGGCUGACAAUGAUGCUGCAUUGCGUGCCAGUCUGACGACACUGCUUAGCUGUGCCGCUGCAGCGGGCAGACGAUCGAAGGAUGGCGAGAAAGAGAUAGGCGAGCGCUCGAAUGCCGCUACUGGUAAUCAGCCUAUUUCGUUCCGCUUCGCUACCGAGACCGACUUAAUGGAACCCCCUCCAUCAACCCAGACACGAGGGGUUCCUCAGCCCUCCAGGCCUAGCCCACAAGCUGCCACAAACCGUGAAUCUGCCGGCGAGAAGGUCAAGCGAUCUGCCACACCUACCCCGAAUACGAAGUCUCGAACCACCAAGAAGAAGAGAACGAACGUGGCUGCAGGGGAGGAAGCGUUUAUCAGCCCUACGCUCCUGACUUGGGUCGUAAGUGCCGGUGUUGUAGUAUUGGUCUCCGUCGUCGGCUUCGGAGCAGGCUAUGUCAUCGGAAGAGAGGUCGGUCGCCAAGAGACCUUGAAUGGCCUUGGUGCGGCGGGUAAUGCGAGCGCAGUGGCCGAGGGAAGCAACUGCGGCAGGGAGGUUAUCAGAAGUGGUGGUGGAACUCUGAAGAGGUUCCGUUGGGGCACCGCCAUGGGUAGGAGCGUAGCCGCGUGA